AUGGCUGGUAACUGGGAUGCAAGUGCGAUUUCCGCUGUAGCGGCUUUAAUCGUCGCACUUUUUGCACUUCUAGUCGCUGCUGCUCAAGCACUGCAGCAGUACUUGAUCACCGGCCAACUCAUCCGUCUUUGCGAUAGCGUCGUGUUUGGUCCUUUGCCAGGUCAGGGCUACCGCGUUUGGCAGUUCUCUCAAUUUCGCUUCCGAGUACUGUACUCUAUUCCCCUGAUCAAUCUCGAGGCCGAUCUGUGGCCUAAGGAAAGCCCACAUAUCAAGUCUUAUGCUAUCGGGUCAGAUAUGCUGCCCGAUCUCCAACCAGAUUCGUUGAUUGACUACUCGGCUUCAAGCUCGUCGGUCGAAAUUAUGUCGGAUUAUAGAGUACAUGUCCACAGGACAGGUACGGCGGGUAGAAGGUCUCAGAUGAGCAGCGAAGCUUGGAGUUCCUCAGAUCGCUCCCGUUUCACUUACUGGGGUUCUCUGAGACUUUGGCUGCGCCGCAAGUUUAACAGGAAGGGCUCAGGCAUCUCGCGGACGAGCAGCGACUCCUGGGGUCCCCCGACUCCCCCCGACUACUCUUAUUGGAACUUAUUGAGGAUCUGGUUACGCCGCAAAUUUGCGAGGGUCCGAUCGCUGCCAGAAAAGGAACGGCCAGCCUCUAUAUCCAAUGACGCAUCCGUGGGCGAGGCCUCCUGGGUUUCAUUUUGCAAAGCCAUCAACAGUUCGUGUGGAGGGUCAGUGAGAUACCGCUCUGUCACUUACGACGCCGACCGAUGUCCCUCUGAUCUCGUAACGGCACCGAUGCAAGUUUCCAUGAGGGACAUUGCCGUCAUGGGAUUGACAGCGGGUAUGAAAAUCACAGACUGUUCAUUCAGAGACAAGUCCAUUUCGAUGCAAGGCGCUAUCGGCACAAUUACUAGCUCCAACCAUCCGAUUCUCGGACCGAUACUCCAUUUCACUCCUAGAGCUAUCACCUCACCCAUUCCUCGCUUGCUAGCACCAUGGAGUGACGACGACAGAGGUGUUGUAAAUCCCCAUUGGCUUUCUCGAACAUGGGAUGUCUGUACUGUUGCGAAAGUCUAUUUUGGCUCGCUCAAGAGACGUACGACUCGACGGCUUGACGACCGAUGGACUAGUUAUCAAGAGCCUGGCCAGCACUACAGGCAUCAGGGACACAAAAGAGCUUUCAACAUGGCUGGGAUUGUGCCGGUCGAUGCGGAUCAACAUAAAAAGCGAAGGAAAAAGAAGACAAAAGGCAAGAAACCAGGCAAGACAGGACCCGUGUCCGUGAGUCGCCGGCCCCAAGACGGGAAUUGGUUCAUCAUAGAGCCGCCUGUGCCCGCUCAAGCCGCUGCUACAGAGGCCAAUGGGAAUAAGGAGAAGGUUCAAGACCAGGGUGGGACUGGGGAAGGCAAUGGAGAGUAUGCGGCACCAGUGCCUCAAUCUGCGUCGGCCGCUGAACUUCACUCAAAGGAACAAGAUAUGCACCAGGAGCUCCCUGGAGAUGAUUUAACCUCUCAAGAGGCCCGGCCUACUGUUCAAGAUCCAGUGGAAGAAAAGGUGCCCGCAAUUCAUCCAAUCGAAUCCGGCAACCUACCUCAACACGGUGCAAAAGGAAAAGGGCAUAGUGAUGAUGUUGAAGAAAUACCUAUUCCUGAGCCAUUGGUGAAAGGAAAGCAAAUAGCAGAAGAACCAACCCUGAAAGAAGAAGGUCAAAGUCAAUCUCGGAGCAUUUCGUUGGAGCCUGACGAGUUGUUUGUAGCCGCUCCUCCGAGCAGUGGAGAGGGCUUCGCGGCCAUUUUUGGUAGGCCGGUCACUCGUCUCCUUCUGACACAGACAUCACACUGGGAUACACUGCCACAGGAGAGUCGUCAAGACACGAGUAAUCGUGAGCCAGAUAUACGCCAACCUCGGAGAAGAGUCACGGUAGAAGAUGUACCAGAUAGCGGCGAUGAAGUAGCGUCUGAGUCUGGAAGACCGCUGAAUCCACAGGUACUGGACCGAGGUCAAGCGGCGAAGAAGCGACAAGAAAAGAGGAACAAGCGCAGCCGAAAGAUACAAAAGGACAAGGCUAUCGUCGAGGAGUCAGGGACUAGUGAUGCUAGAUCCCAAUUCCUACUAACCUACUCGGGAGAAGGACCAGCCUCAGAGGCAACGCCGGAAACGAAAGAAGAUAAAGCUCACGCAAGGGAAGCAGAACGACGAUGCAGACGAGAAGAGAGAGAGAUUGAACGUGACAGACGAAACAAAUCGCGAGGCAACGUCGUCUCCCUUAACCGCAUGGACAUGUAUUGGUUCUGCCAAGUGGACAUCUACCAGGGCUUCUGGGCUACACCGUGGAGGGCCGAUGCCCCUAUCGAUACAUCGCUAGUCGGUGCCGUCACUGUCAUUCUAGAGGCGUUACUGGGGUUUCUGGAAGAGAAUGUCAGCUUGGUUUACUGCAAUCCCAGCCGCUUCCACACAACUCGAGACUGGAUCACACACGGUGGGAUAACAUACCCGGCGUACGCGAGUAAUGCCCGCGGUGGUAUUAUUGCGAGAGGUUCAUACAAGGGUGUAAAGGUUCCAGCGUUCCAGUACACUGUUCCAGCGCUCGAAUUGCUGUAUUCAUAUGAAUGGCAGGUAUCGAGCUACCUACACGAUCAAGAGCAGUACUGUGAAGACCUCAAUAUCGAACUGAUGCGAAUCGACGCUUGGCUCUCGUAUGUCGGUCGCACAGAACGAAUCACAAACGGGCCCACAGACCUAUUGAAGGGAGCACCUGCACUUGUGCAGCUGCUGCAAGCUGACUUUGAGGUGGAUUUCAUGAACAUUGACCUUUCGGCCAAAGAGGGUGGUCAUCAGGACAUACAAGGGUUAGCUGAUAAUGUGAUGGACUUUCUUACAGAUGAGGAGCUUGAUGAGGCUGAGCAGUUAUACAUACUAGUCGCAAUGCUCCGUGCUGUCAAGGUAUGUCAGUGCGUGUUGGCGGGGUCGGAUACUCGUGAGAUGUAUGAGAUUCUUACCAAGGAUGUUCAGGCACAUCUUGUUUGA